AAAGUUAGUGUAGGCAGUAGGGAGUUUUCUGCUGGGGUCAGGAGGACUGUGGACAAGCGGACCCUACCCCAAACACCCGUGUAUGAGUGGAGUGUAGCAGAAAGAGAAGACAUCCCCAACUUUUUUCCUCUCUUGCCUCAAAGAGUCUACAUGUCUAGUGGCAUCUAGACAUGUUCAGCUUUGUGGAUUUGCGGCUGGCGCUGCUGCUCAGCGCAGCAGUGCUUCUGGUCAGAGCACAGGGCGAGGACGACCGCACGGGUGGCAGUUGCACCCUAGACGGCCAGGUGUUUGCGGACCGUGACGUAUGGAAACCCGAGCCAUGCCAGAUCUGCGUGUGCGACAGCGGCACCGUGAUGUGCGAUGAGGUCAUCUGCGAAGACACAACCGACUGCCCCAACCCCGUCAUCCCCCAUGACGAGUGCUGCCCCAUCUGCCCCGACGACGGCUACCAGGGUCAAUCUCAGGUUGAGGGACCCAAGGGAGAGCGUGGCCCUAAGGGAGACAGGGGUCCUGCUGGUCCCCCUGGUAACGAUGGUAUCCCCGGCCAGCCUGGUCUGCCUGGACCUCCUGGACCCCCUGGACCCCCCGGCCUCGGUGGAAACUUCUCCCCUCAGAUGUCUGGUGGCUACUCCGACAAAUCUCCCGCCAUGCCCGUUCCUGGACCCAUGGGCCCAAUGGGACCUCGUGGACCCCCUGGAUCUCCCGGUGCUAGCGGCCCUCAGGGAUUCACUGGUCCUCCUGGUGAGUCUGGAGAGUCUGGACCUUCUGGCCCCAUGGGACCUCGCGGCCCCGCCGGCGCAGCUGGAAAGAACGGAGAGGACGGUGAAUCUGGCAAACCAGGUCGUCCUGGUGAGCGUGGACCUCCCGGCGCUCAGGGAGCUCGUGGUUUCCCUGGAACUCCCGGUCUGCCCGGAAUCAAGGGACACAGAGGAUUCAGCGGACUGGAUGGUGCCAAGGGAGACUCUGGCCCUGCUGGACCCAAGGGAGAGACUGGAGCCGCUGGUGAGAACGGAACCCCUGGUGCUAUGGGACCUCGUGGUUUGCCCGGCGAGAGAGGUCGCACUGGUCCUGCUGGAGCUGCUGGAGCUCGUGGUAAUGAUGGUGCUGCUGGUGCUGCUGGACCUCCUGGUCCCACUGGCCCCGCUGGACCUCCUGGUUUCCCCGGUGGCCCUGGAGCCAAGGGUGAGGCCGGACCUCAGGGUGCUCGUGGACCCGAGGGUCCUGCUGGAGCCCGUGGUGAGCCUGGCAACCCUGGACCAGCCGGAGCUGCUGGACCUUCUGGUAACCCCGGAAAUGAUGGAGCUGCUGGACCUAAGGGAGGCCCUGGUGCUGCUGGAGUUGCUGGAGCUCCCGGAUUCCCCGGACCCCGUGGACCCCCAGGACCCCAGGGUGCUGCUGGUGCUGCAGGACCCAAGGGUAACACUGGUGAGGCUGGUGCCCCCGGAUCCAAGGGCGAGCCCGGUGCCAAGGGAGAGGCUGGUGCCCCAGGAGUUCAGGGACCUCCCGGACCUUCUGGCGAGGAGGGCAAGAGAGGAGCCAGAGGAGAGCCUGGUCCCGUUGGAGCCCGUGGAGUUCCUGGCGAGCGUGGUGGUACUGGUGGUCGUGGUUUCCCUGGUGCUGAUGGUGCCGCUGGACCCAAAGGUGCCACUGGUGAGCGCGGUGCUCCUGGUGUUGCUGGACCUAAAGGUUCCACUGGAGAGUCCGGCCGCACUGGUGAGCCUGGUUUGCCCGGAGCUAAGGGUAUGACUGGCAGCCCAGGUAGCCCUGGACCUGAUGGCAAAAUGGGACCUACUGGAGCCCCUGGACAAGAUGGCCGCCCUGGACCCCCUGGCGCUGUUGGAGCCAGAGGCCAGCCUGGUGUCAUGGGAUUCCCUGGACCCAAGGGAGCCGCUGGUGAUGCUGGAAAGCCCGGUGAGAGAGGAGUGAUGGGACCUACCGGCCCUGUUGGUGCCCCUGGUAAGGACGGUGACGUUGGUGCUCAGGGACCUGCUGGACCUUCUGGACCUGCUGGUGAGAGAGGCGAGGCAGGACCAGCUGGACCUCCAGGAUUCCAGGGACUUCCAGGACCCCAAGGUGCUAUUGGCGAGAGUGGCAAGCCCGGAGAGCAGGGUGUCCCCGGAGAGGCUGGAGCCCCAGGAGUUGCUGGUGCUCGAGGUGACAGAGGAUUCCCCGGUGAGCGUGGUGCCCCUGGUGCCAUCGGACCCGCUGGUGCCCGUGGAUCCCCCGGACCUGCUGGAAACGAGGGCGCUAAGGGAGAUGCUGGAGCACCUGGUGCUCCCGGAGCUCAGGGACCUCCUGGACUGCAGGGAAUGCCUGGUGAGCGUGGUGCUGGUGGUCUUCCAGGACUGAGGGGAGACAGAGGUGAGCAAGGAGCUAAGGGCGCUGAUGGAGCACCUGGCAAAGAUGGUCCUCGUGGUAUGAGUGGUCCUAUUGGACUUCCCGGACCUUCUGGAGCUACUGGAGACAAGGGAGAGACUGGCCCCUCUGGACCUGUUGGACCUGCUGGAGCCCGUGGAGCCCCUGGUGAGCGUGGAGAGGCCGGACCCCCUGGACCUGCUGGAUUUGCUGGACCUCCUGGUGCUGAUGGACUGGCUGGUGCUAAGGGAGAGGCUGGUAACAAUGGUGCUAAGGGAGAUGCUGGUCCUCCUGGUGCUGCUGGACCCACUGGUGCCCCCGGACCCCAGGGUCCCGUUGGAAACACUGGUCCCAAGGGAGCUCGCGGAGCUGCUGGACCUCCUGGUGCUACUGGCUUCCCUGGUGCUGCCGGCAGAGUUGGACCACCCGGCCCCUCUGGCAACGCUGGACCCCCUGGCCCCGCUGGACCCGUUGGAAAGGAAGGACCCAAAGGAAACCGUGGUGAUACUGGACCUGCUGGUCGCUCUGGUGAGGUUGGACCUGCCGGAGUUCCAGGACCUGCUGGAGAGAAGGGUAGCCCCGGUGCCGAUGGUGCUCCUGGUAGUUCUGGAAUCCCUGGACCUCAGGGUAUCAGUGGACAGCGUGGUAUUGUUGGUCUGUCUGGACAAAGAGGAGAGAGAGGUUUCCCCGGCCUGCCUGGACCUUCUGGAGAGCCCGGAAAGCAGGGAUCUGCUGGCCCCGGUGGUGAGCGUGGACCUCCUGGACCCAUGGGACCCCCUGGAAUGGCUGGACCCGCUGGAGAGACCGGACGCGAGGGAGCCCCUGGUAACGAGGGAUCAGCUGGUCGUGAUGGACCUGCUGGACCCAAGGGAGACCGUGGAGAGUCUGGCCCCGCUGGAGCCCCCGGUGCCCCCGGACCCCCUGGUGCCCCUGGACCCGUCGGACCCGCUGGAAAGAAUGGUGACCGCGGAGAGUCUGGACCUGCUGGCCCUGCUGGUCCUGCUGGCCCUGCUGGACCUCGUGGCCCUGCUGGAGCCGUUGGACUUCGUGGAGACAAGGGAGAGUCUGGAGAGGCUGGUGAGAGAGGCUUGAAGGGACACAGAGGAUUCACUGGCAUGCAGGGACCUCCCGGCCCCUCCGGCAGCACUGGCGAGCAAGGACCUGCUGGUACUUCUGGCCCUGCUGGACCUAGAGGACCUUCUGGAUCUGCUGGUUCUCCUGGUAAGGACGGUAUGACUGGCCUUCCCGGUCCCACUGGACCUCCCGGACCUCGUGGACGCUCUGGAGAGAUGGGACCUUCUGGUCCUCCUGGACCACCCGGACCUCCCGGAGCACCAGGCGCCCCUGGUGGUGGAUUUGACCUCGGUUUCAUUGCCCAGCCCCAGGAGAAGGCUCCCGAUCCCUUCCGCAUGUACCGCGCUGAUGACGCUAACGUUCUGCGUGAUCGCGACCUGGAGGUGGACGGCACCCUGAAGACUCUGAGCCAGCAGAUUGAGCAGAUCCGCAGCCCCGACGGUACUCGCAAGAACCCCGCCAGAACCUGCCGCGACCUCAAGAUGUGCCACCCAGACUGGAAGAGCGGCGAGUACUGGAUCGACCCUGACCAGGGCUGCAACCAGGACGCCAUCAAGGUCUACUGUAACAUGGAGACCGGAGAGACCUGCGUGGCCCCCACUCAGCCUGAGGUUGCCAAGAAGAACUGGUACAUCAGCAAGAACAUCAAGGAGAAGAAGCACGUCUGGUUCGGAGAGGCCAUGAACGAGGGCUUCCAGUUUGAGUACGGCAGCGAGGGCUCUCUGCCAGAAGAUGUCAACAUCCAGAUGACCUUCCUGCGCCUCAUGUCAACUGAGGCCUCCCAGAACAUCACCUACCACUGCAAGAACAGCAUCUCCUACAUGGAUGCUGCCACUGGCAACCUGAAGAAGGCUCUGAUCCUCCAGGGCUCCAACGAGAUUGAGAUCAGAGCCGAGGGCAACAGCCGCUUCACCUACAGCGUCCUGGAGGACGGCUGCACGUCACACACCGGUACAUGGGGCAAGACAAUCAUCGAAUACAAGACAUCGAAAACAUCUCGCCUGCCCAUCAUUGACAUCGCUCCUAUGGAUGUUGGUGCUCCAGACCAAGAGUUUGGCCUUGAAGUCGGACCCGUCUGUUUCUUGUAAAAAGAGAAAUCUGGACUUGAAUAUGUUGUGGUGCGUGAGUGUGUGCGUUUAUUUUUUUUUCUAGCAACCAACCCUCUCUUAAAAAAAGAAAAAGCCACCCAAACAUUUUUCUGAUCUGGCCCUCCUUUUUUUUUUUUUUUCUACUCCUCAUCCUCCUGCGUCCACUACGCCUAAAAACCUGCACUUCAACAAAGAUGGCGGUGCUGCGGCAACGCCCGCGCCAUCGCGUUUGGGACCACUACUUUUUGUUUCUGACUCUUUUUUUUGUCCUGUUUUUACCAUCACCAACACCAUGGAUCCUGUAGAGAAGACAUUUUGUUUCACUGGCAACAAGAAAAUAAUAUAUGAUUCUGUAAAAAAAAAAAAAAAAAUUGACUCCCCUCCAUCUUCAACCAAGCCAAUCCAGGCCUCUCUGGAGUUUACAGAAACACACAGGUGACUUUUGUAUUUUUAUACACCCCGUGCCGUGAGAGGAAUGAAAGGACAGUCCCGACAGACAGAACCCGAUUGCUUUGUACCACGUUUCAGGUGUUGAUGAAUAAACGGUGAAACUGA